AUGUCCCCUCCCAUGAUCCGUCUGUCGUACAACGACAUCCACAAGGCCAUCCAGGCCACCGCUCCCAAGAUCAAGGAGGAGUUUGCCCCCAACCUCUUCAUUGCCAUCGGCGGUGGUGGCUUCAUCCCCGCCCGUAUCCUCCGUUCGUUCUGCAAGACCACCCAGGACGGCCAGAAGCGCAACAUUCCCAUCCAGGCUAUCGGCCUUACCCUCUACGAAUCGCUCGGUGGUGUGAGUGUCCCAGAUGAGACGUUGGCGCAGGCCAGUGAGCGGGGAACAAGGUUUUGGUUCUCGGUGGAGCCUAGCCCGCGUACCAGGUCCAGGUCUUCCGCGACCGACACAUCUCGUAUUGAGGAGGUUGCCGGUACCGAGGUUGUCCGUGUCCAGUGGAUCGACUUCUCGACUCUCGGCUCCAAGCUCACCGGCCCCGGUGGUCUCCUUGGCCGUCGCAUCCUCAUCAUCGACGAGGUCGACGACACCCGCACCACCCUCGUCUACACCGUCCGCGAGCUCCAGAAGGACAUUGAGAAGCAGCUCGCCGAGGUCGCCGACGUCGAGGAGCGUGAGCGCCUCCGCACCGAGACCAAGCUUGGUAUUUUCGUUGUCCACAACAAGCUUAAGCCCAAGGCUGGUGAGAUCCCUUCGGAUGUCUCGUACUUCUCGGCCGUCGACACCCCCGACGUCUGGCUCGCGUACCCCUGGGAGUGCGAGGACGACAUUGACGAGCACGACGCUCUCCGCUCCGAGAACGUCCAGCCUUAA